UGAUAUGGGGACUCUUCAACCAGAAACUGUUCUAUGUGGAAUUGACAUUCAGAGUUUAUAUACUUCCAUUCCCCAUAAUGAAGGAUUAGAUUGCAUAGAGGAAGUGCUGCUGGAUACUAAUUUAUCUACUUCAAAAAUCUACUUUAUCAUGGAUUGUCUAAAUAUGGUUCUCACUAAAAAUUAUUUCUCAUUUGAAGAUAAUUUUUACUGGCAAACGCAAGGGACGUCAAUGGGAGCUACGGUAGCUCCCUCUUAUGCAAAUCUAUUUGUUAAUCAUUUGGAGAAAAAAAUUUUCCUUAAAAAAGAGCCCUUUUGCCAACACAUUUUGGCCUAUUUAAGAUUUGUCGAUGACAUUUUGUUAUUGUGGACAGGCCCUGUAGAAUUGCUUAAGCAAAUGAUAGAUGAAGCAAAUGAGAGUCAUAGUACAAUUAAGUUCACAUAUGAAUAUUCUUUCUCUGAAAUUAAUUUUUUGGAUGUAACAAUAAGUCUAACUAAUGGGAUAAUAAACACCGAUUUAUACAGAAAGAGUGUGGAAAAGAACAAUAUGUUACAUGUACGCAGCUUCCAUAGUCCAAAAGUUAAAAAGGCAAUUCCUAAAGGACAGUUUAUUCGUGCAAAAAGAAUUACCUCACGUACAGCAAAAUAUAACGAAGUAAAAUUAAGUUUAACUAAACAAUUUAAAGAAAGAGGAUAUGAGUCAAAUACUAUAAAUAAUGCCAUGAAAGAAGUUGACACUAUCCCCCGCAGCGAAUUACUAUGCCAAAAAAAGAAAGAAUGUAGUAAUCAGAAAAUAGCAUUUGUUUCUACGUUUAACUCUAAUAGUAAUAAAAUGGAGAAUAUUAUUAAAAAAUACUGGCCUUUAAUACAGGCAGACAGACAAUUUGGCCAUUUAUUUACUGAGCAGCCUCGUUUUUGUUACAAAAGGGGUCGUAGUCUCAAAGAUAUACUUUACCCAUCGGACACUCGCCAAAAGAAAUCGCUUUUCCAAGGCAGGAAAAAGAAAGGUACCUAUCCCUAUCUGAGCUGCAAUUGUUGCUCGUCCAUAAUAAAAGGCUCUAAGAUUAAUCACCCUAGUAAGGGAUAUGAAAUUAACCUAAACGUGUACGCAACGUGUAAAUCUACUCACAUGGUUUACUUGUUGAAAUGCCCUUGCGGUCUAGGGUACGUAGGUCAAACCUCAAGGGAAGUAAAAAUGAGAAUUCAAGAGCAUAAAAGGAACAUUAAAAAUUUCAAGGAAAACACACAGACAGAUACUUCUAUUUCCAAACAUUUUUUUAUUUGUAAACACAAUCUGAUGCAACUGCGUUGAUGUGUCCUUGAUGAAGCAGCUAUAGAUAAGCGAGGAGAUAAUAGAGUCAACAGAUUGCUACAGACUGAAGGGAGAUUGAUCAAAAAAUUAGGUACACUCCACCCAGACGGUUUAAAUGAUUCUUGGAGUUUAAAAUCGUUUUUGUAAACUUGCUUAAUGGAAUCUUUUACUUUGCAGACCUUGAAACUCGAAAAGCUUAAAGGAAACAAAAUGCUACAUUAACGGCAGAAGUAGGGUGUUGAUUUCGUGUGGAUUGUAUCAUAUUAUGCAUUUAUUGAAUGACAGGUGCACAUUGGACACUUUGUAACUGAAUUUUUGCACAGCUGAUACUAAUUGUAUCAUUUUUUGGCAACAUUGCACAGAGCAGCACUUACGAAUAAGAUUGGACAUUAACCCACAAGUAAAAGAUAUGGAGAAAAGUCCUUUUUAAAAGUUUUUUUAAAAAAUGGUUUUUCGAUUUUUACCUUUAAUUGUAUCUAAUUAUCCAAGAUUGGAUGUUGAAGAUCACAUGGGUGUGAGGGGUGUGUUUAAAAGGUUCACUGUGUACCUGUAAGUUUACACUUGAGAAAGGGCAACACCUGCCCGAAACAUGUCGUGUAAAGCAGCAUGAAUAAUAAAUAAUCACAAGCAGUUAAUCUGCGUUUGAGUGCUCUCCUCUCUUUCAGCUUUUAACAGCUGCAAUACUUUGUCACCACCUUUUGAUGACUGGUACAUUUUCUCUAUCCCCUGAAUCUUUAAGAAAUCAAUAUCACCAUUACUGCACUCCAAAAAAUGUCUAGAUAUUGUAGUGGUGGAACUACGGGAUACAAUGCUGUUAAUAUGCUCCCGUAUUCGGCUUUUUAGACUCCUGGAAGUGCACCCCACAUACUGUGCGUUACACUUUUUACAUGUUAACAAAUAUAUAAUGUAAGAGGUGUUACAAUUGAUAUAACUUUUCACUUUGUGUCUAAUGGUUGUACUGCUGCUCACAACCUCAGAAGAUCUCGUAAUACAACGCGUAUCUCCACAAUUGUAUGUACCUACUGUGCUUAACCAAGUUCUGGGACUGCUAUUUCUAUUACAGACAUCACUGGGUGACAAAAUAUUCCCCAAUGUUUUUGCCCGUCGGGUCACAAAUCUACACCCGUUCUCUAUCACUCUCUGUAGUUUAUCAUCCCCAUUCAACAGGGGAAGAUGUUUCUGCACUUUUCUCCUAAUCUCAUGAUACUGCUUACUAUAGGUGGUGAUAAACAUAGGUAAGGCACUUUUAGACGUUUUUUCAAGUGGUCUUACUUUGUGCAGAAAUGUCCUUCUAUCUUCUCUAAAGGCUCUAACGAAAGCUGUCUCUAAAGGUGGUAACGAAUAUCCACGCGACCAGGGCCGGAACUAGGGGUAGGCAG